AUGGACUUGAUAAAGGAUGCUAUCGGAGAGCAAUUGGUUACAGCAGUUUAUUUCUUCAUGGAAUUCUUUUCUGCGAUAACAAUUUCAAUGUUAAUCGGAUGGGAAUUAACACUUGUAGUGACUUCAGUGUACACUAUUUGGAUGGUUAGCCUUACUAUCGUCAUUGGGAAACAGGAAAUUCGUCUUACUGAAAGGGAAGCAGAAAGUUACUCGGUUGCUGGAUCAAUUGCUGAAGAAGUCUUCAAUUCUAUUCGGACUGUUGUGGCUUUUGGUGGGGAAGAUAAAGAAUCACAAUUUCUAACUCUUAGUAUUCCAAGCUUAGAAACAAUAAUAACAGCCAAAGGGGUGUCUAAAAAAAUCUAUAAACUUAUUGAUAUAAAACCAGGGAUUGAUCCAUUCAGUAAGGAUGGAAUAACUUUUAACGAUCUAAAAGGAAAUAUUGAAUUUCGAAAUGUACAUUUUAAAUAUCCCUCGAGAAAUGAAGUAAAAGUUCUCAAAAAUAUAAAUUUUCAAAUUAAGAAAGGUCAAACAAUAGCUUUGGUUGGUAGUUCAGGAUCUGGGAAAUCAACAUGCCUUCAACUUCUUCAAAGACUUUACGAUCCAACAGAGGGAGAAGUCGUCAUCGAUGGAGUGGAUAUCAAGAAAAUCAAUACUGCCUUUUUACGAUCUCAAAUCGGAGUUGUUGGUCAGGAACCAGUGCUCUUCUCAGGAACAAUUGCAGAGAAUAUUCGAUUCGGGAAUCCAAAAGCCACUCAGGAUGAAAUAAUUAAUUCAGCGAAGACAGCGAAUAUUCACAGUUUUAUUGAAAAAUUGCCACACGGAUACGAGACUUUGUUGGGAGAGAACGGAGCCCAGUUGUCAGGCGGCCAGAAACAGAGGAUUGCUAUUGCAAGGGCUAUUGUUAGGAAUCCUAGAAUCCUGCUCUUGGACGAAGCCACUUCGGCCCUUGAUAAUGAAUCUGAGAGAAUAGUUCAAAAAGCAUUAGACAAAGCUUCCGAGGGUCGAACCACGUUGAUCGUCUCCCAUCGACUUUCAAGCAUUCAAAAUGCAAACUACAUUAUCGUGUUUAACCAAGGAGAAAUCGUUGAGACAGGAUCUCAUGAAGAACUAAUCCAACAGAAAGGACACUACUUUAAACUAAGAAUGGCCGGAAAAGAUUCCGUAAAUUCCGAUUCAUGUUCCAGUUCAGUAGAAGACACCGAUCAACCUGAAAGUGAAAGAAAGACUAACCAAAGCGAUGAAGUAGAUGAAUAUUUCUCCAAUGAUGAUCCAGAUAAAGAGCAACCAAAAAUAGAAGAAGCAAACAAUCAUAUGAUAAAAAUAUUUAAAAUGAGUUUGAUGGACUGGAAACUACUUGCAAUAGGAUGCAUCUGUUCAUUGAUCGUGGGAGCAUCAUUCCCAGUUAAUGGUUUACUUUUUGGUUAUUACUUUGAAGUAUUUCAAACCGAAGAAUUGGAUGUAAUGCGAAGCAUAGCUCUAUCUAACUUACUAAGAUGUAUUGCACUAGCUUUCUCAGCAGGAAUUGCAGCACUUGCUUUAACAUACAGUUUUGGAAAGGCUGGAGUUCAUUUGACCACUAAACUGAGGGUAAUGUAUUUAGAGAAAGCUCUUCAACAAGAAAUCAGAUGGUACGAUGAUCCUAACAAUUCCGUUGGAGGUCUCUUAGCUAGGCUCUCAAAAGAUUGUGCAAAUGUUCAAGGAGCCACUGGAAUACGUAUUUCAGCAAUUCUUCAGGCCAUUACUUCAAUUGUUAUCGGGGCAGCUUUCGAUUCUCAGUAUUCAAAAUCGGGUGCUGUGAAAGAGAAAAGAGCUAUGGAGAACGUUUCACGGAUUGCUGUAGAAGCCAUAUCUAAUAUCCGAACUGUGGCAAGUUUAGGCCUGCAGAAACACGUUCUUGAGAGAUUUGAUCAGGAACUUGAAAUAGCUGAAAGAGAAGCACUGAAGAGUACUAGACUUCGAGGACUGGCUUAUAGUUUGAAUCUUACUAUGAGUUUUGUAGUAUUUACAGUGCCUCUUUUUUAUGCCGGACCUUUAAUAUCGAGUGGAGAAAUUGAUUUUACGAAAGUCGUUAUAGUCAUUGAGGCGAUAUUAAAUGGGGCAUGGAUGGUUGGAUUUGCAUUAGCAAGUGCUCCUAAUGUGAACUUGGCUAUUACAUCAGCUCAGAAUAUCAUGUCAUUCCUCAGCAGUCAACCGAAACUCAACCGACUAGAAUACCGAAAUGCUGAAGAAAACGACCAACUUACUUCGAGUAAUGUCGAUUACGAAAACAUUAGGUUCAGUUAUCCAACUCGAUCUCAGACAGAAGUUUUAAAAGGACUUAGUCUACAAGUUCCAGAAGGGAAAACCAUAGCCUUGGUUGGGCCUUCGGGAUGUGGAAAGUCAACUUGUAUCCAACUCCUCCUCAGAUUCUAUGAUCCGGAUCAAGGAAAAGUCAAGCUUGAUGGAGUAUCGACAGUAGAUUUCUCAAUUCGAAAUCUUAGAUCGCAUCUUGGCCUUGUUUCUCAGGAACCUGUUCUUUUCGAUCGAACUAUUGCUGAGAACAUCGCUUACGGGGAUAACUCGAGGGUGGUAUCAAUGGAAGAGAUCAUCGAAGCAGCAAAAGAGGCUCAAAUUCAUUCGGAAUUUAUCACGAAACUUCCUUUGGGCUACGAUACACCUUUGGGUUCAAGAGGAACUCAGUUAUCAGGCGGACAGAAGCAGAGGAUUGCCAUUGCUAGAGCCCUCAUUCGGAAUCCAAAAGUCCUUCUCCUUGAUGAGGCUACUUCAGCCUUGGAUGCAGAGAGUGAAAAAACGGUCCAGAACGCUCUGGAAAGAGCAAGUGAGAAUCGUACUUGCAUUGUAAUUGCACACAGACUCUCCACUAUCCGGAAUGCUGAUCUGAUUUGUGUUAUCGAUAAAGGGCAAAUCGCCGAAAUGGGAACUCACAAUGACCUCACGUCUUUGAAUGGAAUUUAUUACAAAAUGUACCAGUCGUCAUUACGAUGA